UCUUUUUAAGGUCCUCAAACGCGCCUUGCGUCUCUUCCAUCCUUCACUGAAAGAGAGCCGAGAGAGUACUCAAAGCCGAGUUCAUUUCUACGUUUUUCUUACCCGCCUCCAUGCUGUACCUCGCCCGCAACUUUAUUUCUUGCCGGAAAUUAUGGAGUUUCUGAGGGUCGCUUGCGUUGCAGAUACGGCCUGUGCACUCUCCCCGUAUCUGGUUUCCGCAAACGAAAGCGACUUUACUUGGCCGUGUUUUGAAGUUAUUCCAUAUUCUGUUUAGAAAACUAGAAAAGGAACUACAAUAUAAUCAUAGGGAUUGGGAUUUUGAUUUUGAGCUUAUCUCAAAUUCGUCUGUGUACAUAUAGUUUUGGGGGCAAAACUCUGGAUUUCUGUGUCAAUUUUAUUUCCUGAUAUCCGUAUUGAGAUACGCUUCAGAGAUGUCGGUGAUGAUUCUAAUCCAACUCUAGGCUGUGGAACUCACAUUUCCCGUCUUCCUAGUAUAACAUCGUUUUUCUAAUUGGUUCUGCAAACACAAUUUUCUGUUCUCGAAUCCUGAGUUAAAUGAAGGAAUUGAAGAAUACGAGCUUCAAUUUUGGAAAAUGAUGAAGAUAAUUGUUGUUGGGAUCUGACUAUCUGUGGAGGUGCUUAAAUUCGCUCGAGAGAGAUUACCGGUCGCUGGUUGCUCUCAACAUGCCUUUUCAAAUGAAAAUCCAGCCAAUCGAUUUUGACACAACCGACGAAGCAGCUCGCUUCGAGUUGGUGAAGCCGGCCGCGAAGUCGAAAUUGAAGCGGCUAUUUGAGAGACAGUUCCCAAACGUACUGAGAAAUUCCGCAGAGAAACUCAAUUUUGAAGAAUUAAGCGUCAACAAGGAAAGCUCCGACGAAUUCUCUGAGUUAGAGCCUAGCUCUAUAUGCUUGGCAAAUAUGGUCCAGAAUUUCUUAGAGGACAACAAUGAGAAACAAUUCAGCGGGUCUAGGUGCGGCCGCAGUCGCUGCAACUGCUUUAAUGGAAACUAUACGGACAGCUCCGACGAGGAAUUUGAUCCACAAAGUGGUUUUGGCGAUUCCAAAUUUUCUUCCGGUGGUGAGGCAUGGGAACUUCUGAAGAGCUUAAUUCCCUGUUCGAGCGUUCAUGAGAGGAACAUAUUAGCGGAUACUGCCAGGAUCGUAGAGAAGAACAAGGUCUGCAAACGUAAAGACAACUUAGCAAGGGAGAUUGUUACUAAUGGAUUGCUGGCUCUUGGAUACGACGCUUCAAUCUGCAAAUCUCACUGGGAAAAGUCGCCCUCAUAUCCAGCCGGUGAUUAUGAAUACGUUGACGUAAUUAUCGAAGGAGAACGCUUAUUGAUAGACAUCGACUUCCGAUCAGAAUUCGAAAUUGCGCGGUCAACCAAAAGCUACAAAUCGAUCCUCCAACUUAUUCCUUACAUCUUCGUCGGCAAGGCUUGUCGGCUUCAGAGGAUUGUAUCAAUCGUAUCAGAGGCUGCAAAACAGAGCUUAAAAAAGAAGGGGAUGCCAGUUCCGCCAUGGAGAAAAGCCGAGUAUGUCAAAGCGAAGUGGCUCUCUCCUCAUAGUCGUGCAUCAUCCUUGGCGAUUUUGGGUUCUAAUCCUGAGUCGAAGAAUCCUCUUGAAAACAUCCAAAUUGAUCCAUCGCACAGUCACGACGUUGAGAAAUCGACGGAUCAUAACGAAUUCGUGGAGAAUGCUGCCGUUGUGAAAGAGUGGAAGCCUCCAGAGCUUAAGCCGAAAAGCUCAUCGGUUGGGGUUAGAAAUCUUAAGAUUGUAACCGGUUUGGCAUCGGUUAUUGAAGACUAGGCUUGAAAUUUUUGGUUUUCUUUCCUUCUCUCUUUUUUUGAGUUUUUGACUGCCGUAUAAACAAAUAGCUAUAUACAGCCUACCAACGGUGACUCGUGUUAACCUUCAAAUUCCCUUCUGUUUUUUUGUGUAAGGGUUUGGGUUUGGGUUUGGAUAUUACUGGUAUCAAUAAAAUCUGAAGCGUGAAUAGUUGACAGUUAUCAAGUUUGUAAAA